CAUUUUUCGCAGUGUAUGACUUGUUUUGUGGUCCAUAAUAACAUAUAGUACAGGAAUACGUGUUUAACAUAUACUGAAUAUACCUGAAUGAAUAUAAAUACAGAUUUGAGUAUUUUCUAAAAGUGCUCUAUUAUUAUUACCAGCAUUAGGUAUAUAACAAUAAAAUGUAUAUGUUUUCUGAUCGCAGGUGUCUUUCUCAUGUAUGAUUCGAUCUGUUUUUCUGAUAUUGUGUCUACCGUUGUUGGCCACAUCUCAUUUUCCUUCCCAGAAUGCAACAGUGUUUCUGGGAUCUGAUUUAAUUCGGGAAGCUUUACUGAGAGCUAAAGAGCUGACAGAUGCUGCAUACGCGCACACCAAUGAGAGGGUGAAGACGUCUGUAUCUGAUGGUUCGGUCCGGCCCAAUGACCUGCUGGCUUUGUUCAAACAGACUGGACCCAAAACCAGAACCCUCAUCAGAUCUGCAGAGUUUCUGGACAACACAGUGGAACUGAUCAGAGAGAUGGUGUACACACACACCAUGGACAAACCCAAGCUCACCGAGCAUUUGAGUGCAAACGACAUGGAGACCAUCCUACAGGUCACAGGCUGCUCCUCAGAAACCCUGAGACCUGUAUGUAAAUCUGACUGUCUGUCCAAGCGAUACCGUACCAUCACAGGACACUGUAACAACAGAAAGAACCCCCUGUGGGGUGCAGCAAAUACACCCUACGCCCGCUGGCUCUCACCAGAGUAUGAAGACCACCGAGGAGCACCCAGGGGCUGGAACCCGCAACACAUCUACCAUAACUACACACUACCACCUGUUCGCAGUGUGUCGCAGGAGGUCUUAUACACUCAUAAUGACAACAUCUCAUUGGACACGUCUCUUUCUCAUCUGCUGGUGGAGUGGGGUCAAUGGAUCGAUCACGAUCUGACGUUGACACCUCAAAGCCCCAGCACUGCAGCCUUUAAGACAGGAUCGGACUGCACGCGCACCUGUAGCCGGGACACACCCUGUUUUCCAAUACAGAUUCCUCCUUCCGACCCCCGAACAGGCACUCAAAACUGCAUGCCGUUUUUCCGCUCCGCUCCCAGCUGUACGGGCGGAUCGGUCCCGUUCGGUCACCGGGAGCAGCUUAACGCCAUCACGGCAUUUGUGGACGCAAGCAUGGUGUACGGGAGCUCGGACGCACUCGCCGCCGCUCUGCGAAACCUCUCCUCCCCUAUCGGCCUGCUCGCCGUCAACCAGCUCCACUCGGACAGGGGCCUGGGCUUCAUGCCCUACCUAAACCGCACGCAGCCUCACUUGGACCCGUGCGGCCCACGAGAGCGGGGCGGCACCAUCCUGUCACCAGAUACGGUGGAGAAUCUGGACACAUCCAUUGGGAAUAAAUCUUUCUGUUUCCAAGCAGGUGACUCUCGGGUCAACGAACACUUGGGUAUGAUCGCUCUUCACACACUCUUUUUGAGAGAACACAAUCGAUUGGCUGAGGAGCUUCAUAAGAUCAACCCUCAUUGGAGCCCUGACACGCUGUACCAGGAAGCCAGGAAAAUAGUGGGAGCAGUCCACCAGGUCCUGACAUGGGAUCACUAUUUGCCACACAUCCUGGGCCGCAGUGCUAUCCUGGUCCUCAUGCCUCCCUACAAGGGUUACGACCCCACCGUUGACCCCAGCAUCUCCAAUGUGUUCUCCACCGCUGCCUUCCGGUUCGCACACGUGACGGUGCAUCCUGUCGUGAACCGCCUCGGACCCGAUUACCGGUCGAACCCCGAGUACCCGGCUUUGCCAUUACACCAUUCCCUAUUUGCAUCCUGGAGGGUGGUGCAUGAGGGUGGUGUAGACCCUGUGUUGCGCGGUUUGUUCUUGUCUUCGGCAAAACUGCAGACGGCGGAUCAGAUGAUGAUUGAAGAACUCACAGAGAGGCUUUUCCAGGCUCAGGGUGGUCUACCACUCGACCUGGGGGCACUUAACUUGCAGAGAGGACGAGAUCAUGGUCUACAGGGUUACAGCGCAUGGCGAGAACUCUGUGGUCUGUCUGUCCCUGUGAAUGAGACUGAUUUUGCAGGGAUUGUGGGUAAUGAAGUCCUGGCCAAGAAGUUGCUACGUCUGUACGGUACAUUCGAAAACAUAGACUUGUGGGUCGGUGCCAUCUCAGAGCCGGCUCUGCCCGGGGGCCGCGUGGGGCCGCUGCUGGCCUGUCUGAUCGCUAAACAAUUUAAAGCACUUAGAGAUGGAGACAGGUUCUGGUGGCAGAAUGAAGGAGUUUUUCGUUCAUCUCAGAGAGACGCUCUUCACAGCGUAUCUCUGUCUCGCAUCAUCUGUGACAACACUCAAAUUCAUCUGGUGCCCUCCGACCCCUUCGCUCGAACACUUCACCCUGACGACCUGCUGCCAUGCACAGACUCGCGCAUCGGUCCUCUCGUAAACCUUUCGGCGUGGAGAGAACCAGACGCAGACUCCAUCUGUGGGACGAUUCCACGACUGCGUCUGGGUUAUUCAGUGCUGUGUGAGACUGCUGUCAUCUAUCAGUGUCCCGCGGGUUACCUGCUGCAUGGAGCCAGUGAGAUCACCUGUGACCCCGAAACACACCAGUGGACCCCGCAACCACCCAUCUGCCUGGAUAUGGAUGAGUGUUCAUCUCAGUCAGCUGUUUGCCCUUCAGACCUGCAGUGCAUCAACACACCUGGAUCAUACACCUGCACAGAGCCUGUUGCCCCGCCCCUAUCUGCGUCCUCCAUUGUUGCAUCAGUGAUGUCAGUUCUGGGGGGCGUGGCUUUGAUUGCACUUAUCCUCAUCGGCUACCAAAGAUUUUUCCUCCGGAAAGCCGAGCCGGCGAAUGCAAAAUUCUGUAAGAGGAGAAGCUGAAGCUGGUUUGGAAAAUCUCUAAAAGGUUUUUGUUUACGUAGCCACAAUCUCCAGAAUUUAAACCAAACACUGGACUGGCAAGGAAAAAAACAUGAUCAAACUUAAAGAGCAGUCCUCGUGAUCUCCAUCGCUGUUUUUUGUGUAAGCUUUUGUCUCUUGUACAUUUCCUUCAGCUGCAAAACAUGUGAUGUCACAUCAGCUGAUCGACAAAUGGCUGUUUUAGCUAAGAAAUCAUUUGUUGAUGUUUAUUUGUUAAUAUGUAUGUACACAUGCUAAUAUUAUAUAUUUCUGCUGCUUAAGAUGAGGUGCAUGUGCGAAUAAUGAAUGUGGUCAUUCUGAUCUGCAAAUAGAAUCCAAGAUUGAGCUGUGACAUCACACACACGAUAAUCAAUGUUUCACUAUGCUCCAAUUUUAGCACUGCAAGAUCUUUUGGGCUCAUGUAAUCCUAUAAACGGUACAUAAAUGAGCAUUCCAGUGCUUUUUUAAUAAAUGAUAAUGAUUUUAUAAUUUAUUAUAAACACACCACAAGGUUCACUCUUUCCCAUUGAUCAAACAUUCACACAAAUUCAUAUUCAAAUGUCUUUAAUAGAUGAUGAAACCACAUAUAGAGUCACUUACAAUGGCACUGUUGUGAAUGAGAACAAGGCUGCGGGUGUCAAUCGUUUAGUUAAUAACACACAUCUUGUAAAAAUUUGACAGGACCUGAAACCUCACAAUUACAUUUUCAUUGGUGUCAAAGUAAAUAUAGAUGUUUAUUUACUGGGAUAGUUCACCGAAGUUGUUAUUCACCCUCAAGUUGUUACAAACCUGUAUAAAUGUCUUUGUUCUGCUGAAUACAAAGGAAGAUAUUUUGAGGAGUGUUUCUAACCAAGCAGAUCUGGGGCACCAUUGAGUUAAGUAGUACAAAACAAUUAUAUAAUGGAAGUGAAUGGUGCCCCAGAUGAAAAUGUAUACAACUUGAGGGUAAGUAAAUGAUUCAUUUUUGAUGAACUAUACCUUUAAGGUCCAUAAAUGGGAGUUAUACACCGUAUUUUUGCUUUGAGAUUGUCAAUCAUGCAGCAAUUUUGUGCGUUAUGGUACCAUAAAUCCUAACAAAGUGCAGCAACAAGUGUCUGCGCAGAACGAGCACAUGCAGCAGCAGACGCAACCAGUUAAAGCUAAAUAUUUGCAACACAGAUUUUGAAAUAAUAAAGAUGAAACCGAACAAUGAUUAAUGAAAUAUUAGUUUAUGGUAAAUACUAACAAACUUUGAUUUGCAUUAAAAUGUGAAAUGCACUUCAUGAUGUAUUUAAAGCUCUUGAGGUUGUAAGGUUAGUAAACGGCUUCUGUGCACAGCUGUCACGCUGGAAGUCAAUGUGUCGCGUCUGCAUCGCAAACACAGUCGAAUGUCAAACAAGCUUUUAUAUAAAAGUGAAUGAACUUCAGUUAACCAACAAAACUAAACCUGACAACAGUAAACUGGAAUGCUGUUAUUCCGUAUGGCUCAAUAUAUGGUAGUGUUUUGGGAAUUCUGCUGUAGUAAUCCCUGAAUACAUACAGCAAUGUUUAUAUGAGAAAUAUCACUGAAGUGAUUGGAGUGUUUGUGUAGUGUAAGUGUUAUUUGUUGUGUAUUGAGAUGACCCUGCUUUGUGUGCGUGUGUGUGUGGAUUCUUUAGAUCCCCUCUGUCAUGAAAUAUCCCAGUUUGGCCAGACUCAUCUC